ACCGUCACCCGUGUAAUAUCUGGACUCGCAUCUCGCUAUUUUUGUUAUUCUGUGUUUAUAGUUUGAGUUACAUCUCGUAAGGAGUAGAAAGUGACAAGUCGUGUGUUUUAGACGAGAAAUACGUGCCUGGUUAUUCUAGGAUAUAAAAUACCAAUCUACAAUGUUACUAGAACAUACAACAUCCAGUAUUCUACCAGUGAACAUGCAGCAACUUCAGCAGAAACCCGUCAAGAAAAACGCCUUCUCUAUCGAGAAUCUGGCUAUAAGUUCCGUUAAUGAAGUAAAAACAGAAACGCCAGUCUAUCCAGUGAUUCAGACGACACCGUUGGUGAAUUAUCCUGUUCAAGAAAUUGGCCCCAGGUCCGCCAUCGUGCAAGCCUUCAUGAAACCACCUGUCAGAAUUUUUCUCGGAGAAUCAAAACCCGUGGAAUCGUCCCGACAGUGUCCGUCACCCAUCCGUUCUGAUCCAGCUACGACUCCCGGUAGAAAACGACGAUUUAGUGAUUUGGAACGUUUCAGCACAAGCACACCUAAAGAUGGAAGUAGCAUCAGUUCUAGCACGGAGUUUACUGACAGAAGUUUGAGUCCAACAUCUAAUAUUUCAGAUGAUGAUUUAGACGGAGGAAGACGAAAGAAAGCAAGAACAGCUUUUAGUAAUGAUCAGAUCCAUCAAUUAGAGAAACGGUUCCAAGAACAGAAAUAUUUAGCUGCUAGUGAAAGAACAGAACUUGCGGAAAAACUGAAAUUAUCAGAUCAACAGGUUAAAACUUGGUUCCAAAAUCGACGAAUGAAAGAAAAGCGCCAGCAGACGAAUAAAGAAGAACAGGGUCGAUUAUUCCCCUUUCCUACUGGUGGCGUUGACGUAUCUCAACUACACGCCAUGGGUCUACCUUACCCACCACCAUCAGCACUCAGAAAUUACCCACCAACAUCACUUCCUAUUUCACCAAAUACAGCCUCGCUCCCACACACCUCUACACCCAAUCAGCAAUCGAUAUUACCAGAACCGGGUCACGUGAUGAGAUCUGGUCUGUGUCCUCCUAUGAUGUCCCCGAUGAUGUUCCCUAGUUAUCCGAUGUUUGGUAUGCCCCCUGCCAUGGCACCAAGGAUGGGCCACAGACCAGCCAUGCCGUUCCCUAUGUAUUAGAUAAAACGACACAAAACUGAGAUAGAGAGAGAGUUACAGACAGAUGGAAGUGACGUUUUCCAGACUAAACCUGUUCCAUUUCACGAAAACCGCGAGGGAAUUGAGAUACAGACUUCAGAAUUCCAUUUCACGAAAACCCCGAGUGAAAUGAGAGAAAAAACUUAAAUAUAGUGUGAUUACUCCCAAUUGUGAUCUGCCAUUUUUAAACCCAUUUGUUGUCUAAAUAGUUUGACCUCCAAACAUCUUUUUUUCAAGCACGCUAGUAUAUACCGGGAUACAUUUUUAUUUGAUCAACGUUCAAUAUUCCAUACGUUUGUGAUUCUCUCUCCCAGUAACCCCUAGUGCAAUAAACUAUAUGGUGUAGACUUGAUCUAACCAGAUGCAACAAUUGGUGCUUUAUGUAUAUUAAUAUAUUUGUUAUUGGUUGUGUGUGUAUAUAUAUGUAUGUAU